GAGAGAGAGGCGGAGCUGACCUCCAUGUCCAUCCACCUCCACCUCCACCCCUCUCCCGCAGUCGCAGACAAUAAGAAAAACUUUUAAUUCCCCGAGGCGCAGAAGCAAGCAGCGCCAGCGCCAGCGCCAGCAGCCGAGCGCCCAAAGCAAACAAGAAACACAGCAACUGCAGCGGCGCAGCGCAGCGCAGGCCACCAUCACCAUCCCCUACUCCUCCUACGCACGCACACCUACGCCUACGCCUUCCUCCUCACUAGAGAUAGAUCGGAGUAGGGGCAGUAGCUAGGUGGCCAGGGGGUGCAGAGAGCAAGCAAAGCUUCGGUCUUGGCGCCGCCUGCCUCUUCUUGUGCUCUCACCUCCUCCGCCUCGCCUGCUCCCCUGUCCCUCUCGUGUCGGCCGUCGGGGACACGACGCCACGCGCGCCGCACGGUGGCUCUGUUCUCCUCCUGACGACGGCGGCGGCGGCGAGCUCGCCGGAUAUGCGUGGGGCGCGCUGAGGUCUCCCGCGACGGUGGAAGGGGCGUGGUUGGGCGGCGGGGUGACUUGUUCGGUGGCCGGCCUGGGGAUAUGAUGAAGCAGGCGCAGCCGCAGCAGCAGCAGCCGCCGGUGACGGCGAGUUCUACUGUGACGGCGACGGCGGCGGCGGUGACCAGUGCGAUGGCGGCCGCUGCGGCGGUGGGGAGCGGGUGCGAAGGGGAGAAGAAGGCGCCGGCGAUCAAUUCGGAGCUGUGGCACGCCUGCGCCGGGCCGCUGGUGUCGCUGCCGCCGGCGGGCAGCCUCGUCGUCUACUUCCCGCAGGGCCACAGCGAGCAGGUUGCAGCCUCUAUGCAGAAGGAUGUCGAUGCGCAUGUUCCAAGCUACCCAAAUCUUCCUUCGAAAUUGAUUUGCCUUCUGCAUAAUGUCACUUUACAUGCGGACCCAGAAACUGAUGAAGUGUAUGCGCAAAUGACUCUUCAGCCAGUUACUUCAUAUGGGAAGGAGGCCCUGCAAUUAUCAGAGCUUGCACUCAAACAGGCAAGACCACAGACAGAAUUCUUCUGCAAGACACUGACUGCAAGUGAUACAAGUACUCAUGGAGGCUUCUCUGUGCCUCGCCGAGCUGCAGAAAAGAUAUUUCCACCACUGGACUUCUCAAUGCAACCACCUGCACAAGAGCUACAAGCCAGGGAUUUGCAUGACAAUGUGUGGACGUUCCGUCACAUAUAUCGGGGUCAGCCAAAACGUCAUCUGCUUACCACUGGCUGGAGUCUAUUUGUAAGUGGCAAGAGGUUAUUUGCCGGAGAUUCUGUCAUUUUUGUUAGGGAUGAAAAACAGCAACUUCUAUUAGGAAUCAGGCGUGCUAACCGACAGCCAACUAACAUAUCAUCAUCUGUCCUUUCAAGUGACAGCAUGCAUAUAGGGAUUCUUGCUGCUGCAGCCCAUGCUGCUGCCAAUAAUAGCCCAUUUACCAUCUUUUAUAAUCCUAGGGCGAGUCCUACUGAAUUUGUUAUCCCAUUUGCUAAGUAUCAGAAGGCAGUCUAUGGUAAUCAAAUAUCUUUAGGAAUGCGCUUCCGCAUGAUGUUUGAGACUGAGGAAUUAGGAACACGAAGAUAUAUGGGAACAAUAACUGGCAUAAGUGAUCUAGAUCCAGUAAGAUGGAAAAACUCGCAGUGGCGCAACUUACAGGUUGGUUGGGAUGAAUCUGCAGCUGGUGAAAGGCGAAAUAGGGUUUCUAUCUGGGAGAUUGAACCGGUUGCUGCUCCAUUUUUCAUAUGUCCUCCACCAUUUUUUGGUGCGAAGCGGCCCAGGCAAUUAGACGAUGAGUCCUCAGAGAUGGAGAAUCUGUUAAAGCGGGCUAUGCCUUGGCUUGGUGAGGAAAUAUGCAUAAAGGAUCCUCAGACUCAGAAUACCAUAAUGCCUGGGCUGAGCUUGGUUCAGUGGAUGAACAUGAACAUGCAGCAGAGCUCCUCAUUUGCAAACACAGCCAUGCAGUCUGACUACCUGCGAUCGUUGAGCAACCCCAACAUGCAAAAUCUUGGUGCUGCUGAUCUCUCUAGGCAGUUGUGCCUGCAGAACCAGCUUCUUCAACAGAACAACAUACAAUUUAAUACUCCCAAACUCUCUCAGCAAAUGCAGCCAGUCAAUGAGUUAUCAAAGGCAACCAUUCCAUUGAAUCAGCUUGGUGUGAGCACCAAACCUCAGGAACAGAUUCAUGAUGCUAGCAACCUUGCGAGGCAACAACCUUCCAUGAACCAUAUACUUCCCUUGAGCCAAGCUCAAGCAAGUUUUGGCCAAGCUCAGGUCCUUGUCCAGAAUCAAAUGCAACAGCAACAUGCAUCUUCAACUCAAGGUCAACAACCAACUACCAGCCAGCCUUUGCUUUUGCCCCAGCAACAGCAGCAGCAGCAGCAACAACAAAAAUUGCUACAGCAGCAACAGCAACAGCAACAGCUUUUGCUUCAGCAACAGCAGUUACAGCAACAGCAGCAGCUAAAUAAGGUGCCUUCUCAAUUGCCAAGUCUGGCAAAUCAGCAGUUGCAGCUAUCUGAUCAACAGCUUCAGCUGCAACUGUUACAAAAACUACAACAACAACAGCAGUCAUUACUUUCACAACCUGGAGUUACCCUUGCACAAUUACCUCUAAUCCAAGAACAGCAGAAGUUGCUUCUGGAUAUGCAACAGCAGCUGUCGAACUCCCAAACCCUUCCCCAACAACAAAUGAUGCCUCAACAAAGUACCAGGGUUCCAUCACAGAACGCAUCACUGCCACCGCCUGUCCAACAAGAGCCACAGCAGAAGCUUCUACAGAAGCAAGCCAUGCUGGCAGACACAUCAGAAGCUGCUGUUCCACUGACCACAUCAGCCAACGUCAUUUCAACAAUGGGAAGUCCUUUGAUGACGGCUGGUGCUACUCAUUCUGUACUUACAGAAGAAAUCCCUUCUUGCUCAACAUCACCCUCCACAGCUAAUGGUGGUCACCUUCUUCAACCAAUACUUGGUAGGAACAAACAUUGUAGCAUGAUCAACACAGAGAAGGUUCCUCAGCCUGCUGCUCCGAUGUCAGUUCCAAGCUCCCUUGAAGCUGUCACAGCAACCCCGAGAAUGAUAAAGGAAUCGCCAAAGUUAAACCAAAAUGUGAAACAAACUGUAGUGGCUUCAAAAUUAGCAAAUGCUGGGGCUGGUUCUCAAAAUUAUGUCAACAACCCACCUCCAACGGACUAUCUGGAAACUGCUUCUUCAGCAACUUCAGUGUGGCUUUCCCAGAAUGAUGGACUUCUUCAUCCAAAUUUCCCUAUGUCCAACUUCAGCCAGCCUCAGAUGUUCAAAGAUGCUCCUCCUGAAACUGAAAUCCAUCCUCCUAACACAAGUAAUAAUGCAUUGUUUGGAAUCAACAGUGAUGGUCAACUGGGUUUCCCUAUGGGAACAGAUGAUUUCCUGUCGAAUGGAAUUGAUGCUGCCAAGUACGAGAACCAUAUCUCAACAGAAAUUGAUAAUGGCUAUAGAAUUCCAAAGGAUGCACAGCAAGAAAUAUCAUCCUCAAUGGUUUCACAGUCAUUUGGUGCAUCAGAUAUGGCAUUUAAUUCAAUUGACUCUGCACUGAAUGAUGGUGGCUUUUUGAACCGGAGUUCUUGGCCUCCUGCUCCUCCCUUAAAGAGGAUGAGGACAUUCACCAAGGUAUAUAAGCGAGGAGCUGUGGGCCGCUCCAUUGACAUUAGUCAGUUCUCAGGAUAUGAUGAAUUAAAGCACGCUCUGGCACGCAUGUUCAGCAUAGAGGGGCAACUUGAAGAACGGCAGAGAAUCGGUUGGAAGCUUGUUUACAAGGAUCAUGAAGAUGACAUCCUACUUCUUGGCGACGACCCGUGGGAGGAAUUUGUGGGUUGUGUAAGGUGCAUCAGGAUCCUUUCACCCCAAGAAGUACAGCAGAUGAGCUUGGAGGGCUGUGAUCUGGGGAACAACAGCAUUCCCCCAAACCAGGCCUGCAGCAGCUCAGACGGAGGGAACGCGUGGAGGGCUCGCUGCGACCAGAACUCCGGUAACCCUUCCAAUGGCUCAUAUGAACAAUUCGAAUGACCAAAAUUUCACCAGUUCAUCAUACCUUCACGCUGCGCCGGUGUAAGUAGGCGAUCACCGGAGUUUGUUGUAGAUGCAUCAGCUUACAUCCGGGAGCGCAAAUGGCUCAGCGGAUUAGUAGUGUUCUUUUUUUGUUUAUAUAUGUGUAGUUUCUCACAUCAAAAAGGGAGUAGGGAUGGUAAAUUUAAACUUACCUAGAGUUCCUGAGGGUUAGGUGAAGGAUGAUAAUGUUGUACUGUUGGAAAGGCCAGUUCUGUGAUUCUUCUUCAGAGGCCAUUCUUAAGAUUUCAAUGAAUCAAAAAUUGAAGCUGCCAA